AUGGCGUCGUCGAGAGAUAAUUUGAAGGUUUACAUUCGAGUUACUCAAAACAAAUCAGUCUCUGAAAACCCUAAAUCAUCAAAGAAGCUAAAAACAUCAACAGCUGAAGAGAACAUUGAUGAACAAGAAAAUAUUAGCCGAAAAUCAACAAUCAAACAACAAAGAACUAGAAAACGCAAAGAUAUUUCAGACAAUGUUAAAAAACAAGAGGAAAAACAACAACAGGAAAAACAAAAAAGGCGAAGAAAGAAAGUGGUGAUAGAAUCAUCAGAAGAAACAGUUUCUGAUUCAAUGGAUGAAAAAUCUAGUCGAGCAAUUGUUCUGCAUACUUCCAAUCAACAACAAGUAAAUUCAGUCAAUAAUCUAAAAGAUUAUAUUGAAGGUUUGUCAAAAGAGCAAAGGAAUGUUGUUAGAGAAAUAGGGUUUGAGAGCAUACUAAAAUUCAAGCUGCAUUCAGUUCCACGGAAAUUCGGUUAUUGGCUGGUAAAAAACUUUGAUGCUGAAAAUGAUGAGAUAAAUAUUGGAGAUGAAAAGAUUAAGAUCACAGCUGAAUUCAUCCAAAAGGUAUUUCAAAUACCAAAUGGAAAAACAGAGAUUGUGGAAAAACUGAGACCAAAAGACACUGAUCUUAUAAUUAAAUUCUGGCGCGGUCAAUUCCCCAAAGAUAUUUUGCAAAGAAUGUAUGCGCACAACUUGAUUACUUAUUUAAAAUCAAGAAAUGAGCUUGGAAGAUUGUUCAAACUGAAUUUCUUGGUUAUUUUUUUUACGAUCAUGGCGGAGGCAAUGCAGAGUAGUAAUGUUAAUCAAAGAUUCCUGCCAUCAAUGAAAAGUGACAAAAAAACCCAGGAUUUUAAUUGGUGUGAAUAUAUGCUGACCGUUUUAAAGCGUACAAGAAGACAAUGGCCUGGAAAUGAGAAGCUCUUCAAUGGACCUAUUGCAUUGUUAGCGAUACUAUAUGCAUACAAAAAACAAGGAUUUGAUGAUACUGAAAACACUGAAGAGUUCUCACUUGAUAAAAUUGAUUCUACAACAUUACAAGAAUUUGAAGAUGAAUUGGAAAUUGCUGCACAAAAUGACGGCAGAUGUCUUGUAAAUGAUAAAGUUAAAAAAGUCAGAAAGACUAAACAAAAAAAGAAAGAUGAAAAGAAUGAAUUUUAUGUUUAUCCAAGUGAAUCCGAGAAUGAAAACGAAGAAAUUUUUGAAGAUGAAUCUGAAGAAAAACAUGAAGACGAUGCUGAAGAACAACCAAUCUCCUUACUUAAAGCUGCAACAGACUGGAUUGAUCAAGAGAAUCAAGAGAAUGUUCAAAACAGCCAAAUUAUAACAAAUGAAACUGAGAAAACAAAUACAGAAAGUGGAGGAUCAUGGGGGCAAUUCUUCAUUAAACCAUCAGUAGGAAAUAAAGAUAAAAUGUGGGUAGACAGUCAAAGCCGACUGCGUAAUUUCAUACCAUCACAAAAUCAAAGUGAAGGUCUUUCUGACAUUCAUUCAACAAAAAGUGGCGAUGAAAAUAUGAAGAACAUUAAAGAUAAAAAAUCACAUGAAGAAUAUCUUGUGACUGCUUUGGAUCAACAUUUUAAAGGAAUUGAAGAAAUUUUCGAAAGCAUUCAAUCACGCAUAGAUGAGAUUGUGGAGGAAAAUCCAACGAGUGAAGCUCUUCAUAACAAAGUUAACGAAUGGGUGUCAUUGAUUGAAAAAUUCCACCAUCAAGCAAAAAAGCACCAGAAAGUUAAUAUUGAUUCAACUAUGAUUGAAACACCAUCAAGAUUUCUAAAUUUGAGCCAAAAUGAAGACACUGAAAAUCAAAUCAUUUCAACACCAUUGAUUGUAAAACGCAAUGAUGAUGAUACAAAACACAAUGAGGAUAGCUCACCUCUAGUUCAAUCAUCCAAUCCAGAAACAAUCAGUGAGAAUGAACCUGCAUCUGUUCUGCAAACACACAUUGAAAAACCUUCAAUGGUACAAUCAUCAUUUAGCGAAGAAACUCCAUCAUUAAUGUUGGAGAUUAUCAAAAAGACAGAUGAAGAAGAAAAAAAAUCAAAUCUAAAGAAAUUUAAUGAUGAUGAGGUACCAUCCUUUGAUUUGAAAAUUUCUCAGUUGCCUUCAAAUGUUGAUGAAAAUGAAGUUGAAGUUGAUGCUACUGGACACGGUGAACAAACCGAAAUUCAAGCGGAAUCUGAAAAAAAAAACAAUCGAACAAGAUGUUCAAAUUACUGGAAUACAAACAAUGUUUGA